AUGAUAACUCACACGAGCUUAAUGGUCUUCUUACUUGUUUUGGCGUCUCUGAUAUGUUUGGGAAAAACAUUCCAUUUGCAAGUUGUUAGUGAAUUGACCGGCGGACAUUUGUUGUUCGUUCAGUGCACUAUCAAUGACGAUGAUCUGGGCAUUCAAUAUCUUCGGGCCGGGGAGAAUGUCUCUUGGCCUAUAAAAAUAAGCUUGAAAGAUACAGUGCUUUUCUCUUGCGACAUUCGCAAGAACAAAGGUCAUGCAAGAGUCACUGUGCUUUUCGCGGAGAUUUAUAGUGAUAUAAAUUUUUGGCUUCUUGAAAAAUGUAACUGGGAGACUUGCAGUUGGAUUGCAAAAGACGAUGGAAUUUACUUGCGAAACAUCCCAGAAAGAUCUGAUGAUAGAACUCAACACUGGGAACCGAAACCAUAUUGUAUUGAUCAUAAUAAUUGUUAA